GUGAAAAACCAGUAGCCCUGCAAGAAACGGUCGUUGGGUGUCCUUUCCUCUCUCACAACCCCGGAACUUCCUCUGACACCGACUCACGCUGCUGUUAUACACAGCAAGACAACAACUCAGGUACUGUUUGUGUGGAUCAGGGAGGGGGAUUGUGAGCCAUGGAGCGUGUCAUGGGAGGAGGAAUGCUGCCGCUGGUGUUAGCAAGCGUGGGGGUCUUACUGUUGUACCGGAUACUUGCCCGCCUCAGACCGGGAGCUGGUGUGCAGGAUGCUGUGGUGGUCAUCACAGGGGCCAGCUCUGGCCUGGGGAAAGAGUGUGCGCGGGUCUUCCAUGCCGCAGGUGCACGGCUUGUGCUGUGUGGUCGAGAUGCAGCCCGUCUGCAGCAGGUGGUCCAAGAGCUUACAGCAAGUUCAGCCGGCACACAGAGGCAGACGUACACUCCCAGCACCGUCAUCUUCGACCUGGCUGACACAGACACGGUGGACAGAGCUGCGGAGGAGAUCCUGAAAUGUUACGGCCAAGCGGACGUCCUCAUCAACAAUGCCGGGAUCAGUUACCGUGGCAACAUACUGGAUACCCAUCUUUCGGUUCAACGGGAUGUUAUGGAAACAAAUUACUUUGGCCCCAUCGCUCUUACUCAGGCUCUCCUGCCCUCCAUGGUUCGCCGGCGCAGCGGCCACAUCGUGGUCAUUAGCAGCGUCCAGGGCAAGAUAGCCAUUCCUUACAGAUCAGCUUAUGCAGCCUCUAAGCACGCCACCCAGGCCUACUUCGACUGCUUACGGGCAGAGAUCGAGCGCUACGGGAUUCCAGUGACUGUGAUCAGUCCCGGAUACAUCCGAACCAACCUGUCUCUAAACGCCGUCACAGGGGACGGCUCUAAGUAUGGAGUUUUAGAUAAAACCACAGCCAUGGGUUGGGAUCCCCAGGACGUGGCUCAGGCGGUUCUGAGGGCUGUCCGUCAGAGGAGCAAAGACGUCGUUCUGGCAGGACCUCUGCCCACCGUGGCCAUCUACCUGCGCACACUGUGGCCCGCACUCUUCUUCAAACUCAUGUCAUCCCGUGCUCGCAAGGAGAAGAAACCAAAAGAUGAAUGAGGGGCUGACGGAGCAAUGAGGUGGUGACCGGCACGUGGAUCAAGACGUGAAACUGACUGCUCCACAUGGAGGCUAAACAGGACAUGACAGCUCUUCAGUGACAGUGUUUGCAGUUUAACCAGUAGAGCAUCUGAGAGAAACCAAAACCCUGUAUGUUGUAACAGGAUCUAUGGUGAGUCUUUUUCUCUUAUUGUUUUGGUUGACCUCAGAAUCACUGCUUAAAACUGGACUUAGAAGAGUCAAAGCUCUCCUGUGAAGAUGUUGUGAUUAUGUGAUGCUGUUUUUUAAAUUGCCUCCUUUACAUGACCAGGGAUCUAUUAAAGCGCUGAUGUUAAGUUUGUAAUUUACAGUAGAUGGUGUUGUCUGUCAGGUCUGGAAGACAUUUUCUGUCAGAUUGGGAAACUGCUACUAUUUCACAAUCUUCUGUUGCCUCCUUCAUGAAAAUCAUCCUUAAAGGCCCGCAUUUUAAUGACUGAAAAAGAGACAGAUGGGAUUUAAUUUAACACCAUCAUUGUACCUCUAGCCUUCUGAUGCCAGCUGUAUAAACAAAUAUAUGAGAACAACCUAACUAAAAGGCAGGAUAUGAUGAAGGUAUCCUGUUUACUUUUUUUGGCAGAGGAUCAACCGAAACAGCAGUUUUUGCAGUUAGUCUACUGUAAAACAUACUGUAGCUAGAAAGACACGUUUUCAACGAUCUUGUGUCUUUCUUACAGAUGUGGUACAACACCUGGCAUGUUGUUUCUGGGUCAUCUGUGCCAUAUGGCAUACUCCCUAUGAAAAUGAUUAGAAAAACAGAGUGAUUUUAAUGCACAUAAAGGAAGGAAAUGUGCUUAUCUGUCCAGAAAAAAGAAUGGCAGAGCCAAGUUAUUCUUAGUGGUCAGUUUGAUUUCCUGCUUGCAGUUCUCAGCUAGUGUUUUAUCACUUUAUUUGCGUGCAGACGAGCAACAUCACACCGCAGUUCUAUUUAUUUUGUCGUAUAUAUUUCUUAAAUGAGUUAAUGUAAUAGUCAGUCAGGGGUUCAAACUACUCCACUCUCUCUGAAGACAAACCGUUAACUGUUGGUAAUAACCCAAAAGCCACAUAGUACCUGUGUAAAUGUUAAUAUUUGAACUGCUUUUACCACAAAGUACACGCAAAGAAUACAGAAACAAUGAGCUGAUUUUAUAACUAUCUUUAUACACAGAAUAAAAACACCUUUUACAAACUGAAAAAUUUAAACAACAGGUUUUUUCCUUUUUAGAUGUCAUCUUAAUAUUAAGUUAAACAGAAAACACUUUCUGAAAUGUUAACAAUAAAUAGUCCAAAUAACAAUUUACAUUAUGUUACAAAAGCGCAGUGAAUACUGGAACUGCCAUUUACAAAUAAAUCCUUCAACAGAAAAAAAAAAACAAAAA